AUCUCAAAAAGUUCCAAACACCUGAAAAAAAAAAAGGAGAAAAAAAGAUAGAAAGAGAAAUUAAACAUCUUAUCCGGAACACACAAAUAUGAAUCCUUUUUGUUCUGCUUUCUCGGACUCGUUCCUCUCAGUACCCGAUCAUAGGUCUCCGGUUUCAGACAGUAGUGAGUGUUCACCGAAGCUAGCUUCGAGUUGUCCUAAGAAACGAGCUGGGAGGAAGAAGUUUCGCGAAACGCGUCAUCCGAUUUACAGAGGAGUUCGUCAGAGGAACUCUGGCAAAUGGGUUUGUGAAGUUAGAGAGCCUAACAAGAAAUCUAGGAUUUGGUUAGGGACUUUUCCAACGGUUGAAAUGGCUGCUCGUGCUCACGACGUUGCUGCUUUAGCUCUCCGUGGUCGCUCUGCUUGUCUCAAUUUCGCUGAUUCUGCUUGGCGGCUUCGUAUCCCUGAGACUACUUGUCCUAAGGAGAUUCAGAAAGCGGCGGCUGAAGCUGCGAUGGCGUUUCAGAAUGAGAGUGUGACUGCGGAGGGAUCGCAAACUGCGGCGGAGACGGAGGCUGUGAGGGAAGGGGAGAGGAGAAUGGUAAUGGAGGAGCAGAGUAGUGGUGUGUUUUAUAUGGAUGAAGAGGAAGUUUUGGGGAUGCCCAACUUUUUUGAGAAUAUGGCUGAGGGGAUGCUUUUGCCCCCGCCGGAAGUUUGCUGGAACCUUAACGACUUUGACGGUGAUGCUGACAUGUCACUUUGGAAUUUUAACGAUUGAAUUUUUUCAAAUAAAAAAAAGUUGUUUCUGGAUGAUAAAUUGAUAAUAAGUUAGUUUAGAGAUUAUUUGGACUUCUAGGAUUGGUCCGUAGUUACGUAUUAUAUCAUGUAUUCUUUGGUACAAAAAAUUUGGAGUCAUAAAUAGUAUAUCAUUUAUUAUAUAUUA